AUGGAUUUCCAAUGCCUUACGAGGAAAGAGCUCCAGUUUCUUUGCAAGAGAAACAAAAUCCCAGCUAACAUCACUAACGUUGCCAUGGUUGAUGCUCUCAACGCUCUUGAGCUGGUUGAAGGUUUUGAGGAGCUCCAGAAUCAAUCUCAGUCCCCAGAAAAGACUGUGAAUAAGGAGAUUCUUGGUACUGUUACCCGGACUUCAACUAGGAGAAAACCAUGCAAGGAUGAACAUCAAAGCACACAAUCAACCAUCCGAACCCGAAAAACUUCAAGAAAAACAAUGGACGUGGAAGAAAAAAACAAGAGCUUGAAUGUGCCUGAGGUUGAGGUUAAGGAUCAGAGGAAGAGUGAUAUAGUUGAGACUCCAUUGACGAGUGGUAGGAGCAAAGUCAACGCUCAGAAAGGUUCAUUUCAGCCCGCCUACGGUACAAGGCGGUCAGUGAGGUUGCUGGGGAAGAGCAUGGCAGGAUUGAGUAUCAAGGAGAGUGAGAAAAUGCCUGCAAAGGUUGAUGAAAUGGUAGAAGGUGAAGAUGGAAGCAAAAAUUGUCAAUCUGAACUACCUUUGGCUCGGAAUUUAAGUGCAUCUCUUGAAGAUGAAAGGGAAUUGAAAGAUGAUGUUGAAGAAAACAGUAAGUGUGUCAAUGUAGAAACUGAUGAGACUGGUGAGAAAUUGAUACACGAGGAUGGUUCAUAUAGAGAAAGUAAUGAGAAGACUGAACUAGAAGGUGAAGACAAGACUGCAGAUGAUCCUCUUGGAAUCAUAGAUCCAAAGGGUUCUGAUGAUAAUGCUGUCUCUGAAGAUUCCAUCAACUUAAAUGAGGAAUUGGUAGCUGAUAAGGCUGAUGAUGUUGCUGUUUCCAAUGAUGCAUGCGAGAUCGAGAACUUAAAUGAGAAACCGGCAGCUGAUGAGACCAGGGAAGCAUACGAGGAACCGGUUGUUGAUGAGACUAAAUCAAUUGCAAAUGUUGAGGAUGUACCUGAAGAAGUUUCUGAUCAUUCUUCAUCAGCAGAUACGGAGGCAAUGCAUGAUGAUGUAACCAUACUUCCGGAAGCGGAAGAGCAUGCUGAUGGACAUGGUGAUGUAUCUCAAAACGUUUCGGUUCUCCUUGCGGAAGGUCAUAUGGAUUCCUCAGAAGAGAAGGGGAAUGAAGAAUCUAAUGAUGAUGAUGCAUUCCUUGGCGACUCGGACUUCAAUAAUGACACAGGAUCUGAAAGUAAAUCACUAGCUGAAGAGCAAAUCACUGCUCUAAGUGUUCCAGAUCUCCCUGCAGAAGUUCAUAUGGAAUCCUCUGCAAAAAAGGGAAAUGAAGAAUCUAAUGAUGAUGAUGAUGCGUUCCUUGGUGAUUCCAACAUUGAUGAUGACACAGGAUCUGACAGCAAAUCAUCAGCUGAGGAUUCCAUGACAAAGAUGGUGGAUGCAAAUGUAACCGAAGCGGAAACCACCCUUGUGAGUUCAUUCCACAGUGGUUCCCAAUCUAUUGUGGAUGACAUAGCUCAGAAGAUGGUAGAAUGUGGUGGUUCCGAAGCAUUAAUCAAUGUCUGCGUAAAGCCAGCGGAGGACUUAGCAGACAAAACUCCUGUCUCAAACAGUGAGACUAUUACAACCUCAAUGCCACUGUCAUCGCCAUCGAAAGCUCAAUUUUUGCAGCUAAGUAAAUCUUCAAACAAGGAACAGACAACAGUGGGCAAGGUGACCCAAGAGUCGGAUAACCUUAAGAAGGAGAACAUUGUGGAGAAGGAAUUAGCGAAGCAUAAGUUGGAAAGUUUGAGUUUAAGACAACUAAAGAAGCUAAACAAGAUGUUUGACAAACUAGAGAUCAGUCAUAAGCAACCAUGUGGCAAGAGCAGCAGACCAGCCUUGCAAAUGUUGCCACAGAAUUCGAUGAAGAGUGAAGAUGGUGAGAAGCAAAACUGAAACAGACAUCGGUGAAGUGAGUUUGUUGGCCUUCGUUGAUGGGUGCAACUAAUGUUUCCUGUCUUGUGUUUUCUAUUCCAAUAUUUUGCUAAUAAUGAGUCGGUCCUAAGAUGUAGGAGAGA